AUGUCUCUCGUUGCCGGUAUGGCUACUUCAAAACUUGUGCUCAUAUCUCUUCCUUUCCCAACAAUCACAUUGUCGAUAAUGAGUCCACUUAAUACAAUCAACCUCAAAGUGGCCUUCCCCAGUCUGUUCCUCGCUCUCGAUCACCUCAAAGAAGACCAGGAGAACGAAGCAUGGCCCGUUGUCGACAUAGACGAACUUGCGAAUGUCGUACGCAUCAUUCACGACUUUUAUGUGCUGACAGCAUCGCCGAUCCAAUCACCAUCAUCGAGUGCAGUCAGUAUGAGUACCGAACAAUGGUCGACAACAUCGAACGUAGUGGCUGAGAACUCGCACAACGGCGAUUACCAAUGUGCCGAGAUGCUAGUGCUUCAGUGGGGAUGGGACGACGCUCGGGACCUAAAACGCGACGAUCUGAAUAACACCACGGCAACACGACCACACAUCACUUCGGCUCAGGGAAUGGUCAUGAUACAUACGGAGGUUGCCACCACUUUACAUCCUUCACCGGUGCAGUACGAAACAGAUGAGACGAACGUCGAAUACACGCCCCUUGGGCCACACAUCCCACUGGAAGAGUUCAGCAUGCCUUGUGAGGACUUGUUCGCGCCAGACGACCAUUGCGGAAUAUGCAAUGAACGACUAAUUGGCCCAGUAAACUGCGAAUUGGUACGCGCUAUAUGUCAGGCAAGACAUCCUUUCCAUGAAGACUGCCUGAAUGAGUGGGUGAACCACAGUGCAAUGCCCAACGCGAAUACGUGCCCGCUCGACCGGGAAGUUCUCUGCGAGGGAUGA